UGCAGUCGUUCUGUCCAAGAAGAAAGUCGAGGAAGUGACUCCUAAAACCAAGACGUCUGGGAAAUCUAAAAGAGAUCCCCAGAAGAGUUCAGAAGUAUCCAGUCGUCGGUCUACCUUGCCUCAAAGGAAAAAUCUGCGCUCCAAAUGUCCGAUAAAACCUACAGCCACCAGUCUGAUGCAGGUCGCUUUGAAUGCAGUGAGUCUGCCCUGCGCUGGGUUUGUAAGGAAAAGGUCAUCUUCAAAUACCAGUUCUGCUCAUGGGACGAACACAUGAAGAGGCCUUCAUGCGUAGAUUACAUGCCAGCAGGACCUCUGCUGGACAUCACACUCACAUCUGGGAAGAUAGAGGAGGUGCAUCUGCCACACUGGAUCUGUGUAGAUCUCAACUCCAAAAUGUCAGACAUGUUUAAAGUUCUACAUGUGGAUACUUGUGGAGAUUUUGUGGAACAAGUUUCAGAAGUCACAUCGUACCACGUCAAGUUGUUCCAGCCAGAUUUCUCUCCGCUAGGAGCCAUGAUCCGGAGGACAUUCGGCCUGCCUGUGAAAGUUUUCUAUGACACAUUGAUAUACAGGACACACAAAGAAUUCCUCACAUUGGAUGUUUACCUGGUGCCACCUGAUCCAGCUGUAAAACAGGAAGUGGAACAAGAGCAAAACCCUCAUGGAUCAAUAAAACUCCUAAAACCAGGCCCAGACAAGUCCUUGCAAUUGGGAGAUAAGUUCUCCCUCACAACAAACAAGACGGAUGCAGACAUUCAACCCAGCACACGAGAGCUCAGAUGUGAUGGUAGAAAUUACUUUGAGGUGUUCAUCAGAGAUGCAGACAGCGACUUCACCCUCAGGCUUCAAAGUAAGCAGAACACUGUCUGGACCUGUACCAUUCAUAAAGGAGAUUACCAAAGUCAAACUACUGAUCAUAACGAAGGUAAGAAAAGAAAAAUUAGGAUUGACGAGUGAUAAGAUGACUUCCCAUAGUGACUUUGUACACCAUUGC